AUGCGUGCGGUCCCGCAUCUUACGGUCGACACUGUCGGUGCCCAUCUUGCGUCAGCAGAACAGAUCGCGCCCAGCCUCUUAUCGACGCAACCAAGCGCUUCGGCCGCCUCUUCCAGCGCUUCCUCCCUUCCUACUCUCAGUCCCCUCACGCUCUAUACGCCUACCACUCCAGACGCCGUUCCACAGACUCAGCUUCGCGUCGUCCCGCCUCUCCCCUCCUUCCCGCGCCCAGACCCCGUGCUCGACUUGACCGCCUCGUCGCCGGCUCAGGAAGACGUGCCAGUAACCCAGGGCUCGUCAUGCUCGUCUCACGAUGGCCAGUCGACAGGCGAGACUACGGAAAGGCGAGGCUCGUCCGAUAGGGUCUUCGUGCAUCGUCUCUACGACAUGCUGACCGACGAACGCAACGAACCCUGGAUCGCCUUCAGCGAGUCAGGCGAUACCUUCACCGUCUUCGACCCGGACACCUUCGCUCAGAACGUCCUUCCCCGCUACUUCCGACACCGCAACUUCCAGUCCUUCAUUCGUCAACUCAACCUUUACAACUUCAGCAAGGUCGUGACCGCGAGGACCGUACCUCGAGCGAAGCCGACCAAGGGCGAGCAGGAGACGUGGGAGUUCCAGAACCCCGACUUCCACCGCGACAGGCCCGAGAACGUCGACUUGAUCCGACGCCGAGGCGCCAUUGGCCCUUCGCCAACGACGUCGCGGCGGAAUUUGAAGGCGUUGUCGGGGCGAACUUUUGCUUCGGACCUCGCACCUCAGCCAAACUACGAGCUACCUAUGCCGUCCCGUCCCGCUCUCGCCGGUCGAUCGUCGUCGCAGAUCUCCGUCGAUGGAGAGCCUACCGCCACCUUGGGCCCUUUCGCCUUACCCUUCGUUCCGCCUAGUGGCUUCGAGCCGCUUGCACCCUCUCGACGGUCUUCUUCCACACCUCGUCCACCUCCGCGCUGGCAGCCCUCCUACCCUCCUACGUCACUACCUCGUCGCAGAUCUCGCACCGCUCCCUCGCCCACCUCGCACCCGACAGCUCGUCCACCAACGUCGGCCUCGCGUCGCCCGUUGAACCCAACCACACCCGAGGAGCUCGACGCUCUGCUUGACGAGCGCAAAUCACUCGAUGCAACGAUCAAGAAGUACCGCUUUGACCUCGGUGUUUUGUCGUACCAAGUGAGGGAGGGACAGGCGAGGAUGCGAAGCUUGUUGCAGCUCACUUGGCAGCUCAAGCAGCUCGUCAAGCAGCUGGGCGGCGAGGCAGCCGGUUACGACCCUCGCUUUCCUUCGCCUGGGUUGGGCUACGCCUUCCCGCAGCAGCUAGUCAACAUCUCCGACCCGACCGUUCACCCGUCAAACGCCUCGACUCCAGUCCCAGCGCCAGCUGGGUCGAGCGAGGGCGACACAGCGCACACAACUUUUCCCUCCGGCCUCACCGUUCCCGCCUCUUCCCCUCGCACCUGCUCCCACUCGGCACCCGAGCAAGGUAUACGCCGCUACGACUCGUACGAGUCCGCCUACUCGGUACCGGAGACCCAGCUCGCCGUCGACCAGGCGAUAGACUGCGCCUACCAGCCGGCCGGGCCCAUCGUCGACGACUCGUGGCUAUCGACCUAUCCCCCUGAACCCUCUACGCAGUGCUCCGAACCGCCUUCGCGAUACUCCUCUCGCCCUACCUCAUCUGUAGGCGACGUGGGCAUCUCAACGCCUACAAGCGCUCGAGGCUCGUACAGCAGCGAGGGGUCUUCGCUCGCUUCGUCAUUCGUCGAGGUGCCGAGGCACGAUGCGUACGAUGCACAGCUCCAGUACUCGACGCUCGGGCAGAUACUGCAGGGCGGGUCGAAGGGAUGA